AUUGUAUUCUUUACGAGGAACUGGAGAACAUAACAAAUAUUUUACUCUCGUACAGAUCCACAAUAUAAUCUCGUGGUGCUUGCUGAAAAAUUAUACGCACAGCAUAAAUAUGACCGGCAACAGUUUACACAUUUCUCGAAAUCUAUUUGCCCGGUGGAGAAACAUUAAAACUUCGCUGUAUCGAAUGAUACAAAUUAUGAAACGUAAUGUUACCAAUCUGCGCCUUUACGAAACGGAUGCAUCCUUUGAAAUGUGGCUACAGUCGUCACUUAACCUGCCCAAAGAUGUGCUCCGAAUAGGAGAUUUCAAUGGCUUGUGGCGAUUAUCGUAUCUGGAUGGGUUAGACAACGGUCGGCGUGUCUUAAAGCUGCUGGAUGGUAUACCACAACGGAAGUUGAACGACGAAGUCAGCUUCCGGUUAUUUUCUGUAAUCGGGACGGUGAAAUUUUUGCGCUACGUCAUGAACUCAAUCACGCAUCAAUCCGAGUUCUAUUCCCUCGGACGGUAUGAAAUGUUUCUAGUGAUGUCACCUUUACUAUACGCACAAAUAUCAUCAACCACAGCUGCUGGAUACAAAUUGUACCGGGGAAGUACGAUCGUGUUUCAAGUUUACUUUGAGCACGAAUUGUUGGGAAAGGUACCACGCAAACACUUCCUACCCUGGUGUACUAGUGGUAGUGUGAAGAAGUUCCGCACACUCCACCAAAAGCUCAUUGAAGAUGGAACCGAGGAGUGGUGUCUGGUAAAGAUUAUGCCACGGAAAAACCUACACGAGCACCUGCUGCCCGACAAUCUGGGACUGUUUGCUUCGUUCGUAACGCAACAUUACGUAAGCAGACGAAAUCGGAUUAUUCCUUCGUUAGAACACUGGAUACCACACUGUGGUGCCAGACUAAUACUGAACGCAAACUAUACGCCAAGAUCCACAAAAAAAGCACCGGUUGCAAGCGUGUUACCCAGUCAGCUGCAGAAAUCGUCGCCUCUGUCAUCGAACGAUUACGCCGACAAUAUGAACAUUUAUACCGAGUUCGGCGAACUGACGCCGACGCAGGUAUUAACGUUAUUCAAUGAGUUUAUCAACUGGUCCGAAUUCCACCAAUCACCGUUCAUGCAGGCGGUGGAGAGUCAGAAGCAUAAGCAGCGCCUCCUGCGAAACCUAGACGAUGAGGAUAUGACCGAAGAGUCUGGCGAACGACACACAAUUGCUGAAAAGAGUCUUAAAAUGAGGAAACGAUCAGAUGCAUAGCGAUAGGCGCACCCAUUUACGAUGUGUACCCAUAGUUUAUUGCAGUAAAUACACUGAAACACGUUAGCGGCACUGUGCUGUGCGAAAGCGAUCAACAGA